UAAAUUCCCUCUUCGUGCCUGCCGGUAGAUCCCUCGAUGUUCCUGCACGAUCAAACGUCCUCUUGUAAUCGCCAAUCAAACGUCGUAUUGAAGUUAAAACGUCACGUACUCUUUUGUAUACGUAUUUAUUUAUCUUUAAAUAUUUGUAAAUGAUCAAAACCAAUAAAUCUUAUUAAAGUUUUCACAAAAACCUAGAAAUACAAGUACUAAAGAUAAAAGAACAGACUGAUCCGACGAGAACGCAGAAGAAGACGAGAACAGAAGUAGAAGAAAAAGUGUCAAAAAGUGUUGCAAAAAAUUGACAACGGUUAUCGACGAUUAUCAAUCCGAAUAUCGAUUCUCGAUUACCGGAAGACUACCGUGUUGCAUCGAGGGCGCAAUUGCGCCGUUUGUGUCGACGUCGCGUCGUCACCACCGGGAGUGUAGAACGUUCACGAGACGCAAGAGAAAUAGGUGGAUAUUAGCCUGCACAGAAUUUUCUCAGAAAGUGAGUCUAAACUAAAUGGCACCGCGGAAAGGAGCAAAACAGGCGGCGACGGAGGCGGAUGAGAUCGUGAUUGCUGCUGCCGACAGCAACGUAUCGCCUUCGAAGAAGAAAACUACUGCAAAGACGAUCGUCGAGAAGCCGAAGCAAGCUAAGGCGGGAACUCGGCGUGGUAAAGCGGCGGACAAGCGUGAAAACGAGGUGAUUGGUAAUGAGGCUGCAAGUCCGGUUAAAAAAUUACGCGGUAGGGCCAAGAAAGUCGUCACCGCCGUGGUGUCACCGAAAAGCCCUGCAAAAACUAUCAACAACAGUACGAAGAAUAAAUCUAAGAAAACAAACAAGCAGAAGAUAAAAACAAACACGGAGGAAAAUAAUGAUGAGGAAGUCUUACAGAUAACCGAAAAGAAAACACGUGCCAGAGCAACGACGAAAAAGGCGGGAGCGGUGAAGAAAUUGCCCGCCAAGUCAAAGACCACGUUAUCAACUGCGAAAAGGUCGAAAAAGGAGACAGCAAUCGAGAAUGGCGCCGGGGAUGCUGAGAGUGCCGGUGAUGAAGGGCCUGCGAAGACAACUCGUCGUCGAAAAGCAGUGGAAAAAAGUGUUGCUCCAGUAGCGAAAAAGUCCAAAACUACAAAAAAACGCAAGAGCGAAGAUAAUAAAAACUUCGACAAUGAUGAAAUCAUCGAAAAAGAAAAAAACACAGAGCCAGUUGCCAAGAAAUCUCGCAGAGCGAAUAAACUGGAAACAGGAGCUGGCGAUGUAGUCAAGCUAAAUCAAGAUGUGAAAGUAAUAAAACCCAAAGAAAAGACAAAGAAAAAAACUGCAAAAAAACCAGAUGCUUCUAAACCAGAAACAAGCAUAGGAGAGAAAAUAGAAACAACAGAAGAAGAAGAAAACAGCCAAAAUGUAACGUUGCAAGAAGACAACAUGAAAGAAAAAUCUAUAAAAAGAACUGUCACUAGAAGAAAGCCUAAUACUGUUACUGUCACAGAAUCUAAAUCAAAGAAGAGAAAAGUAAAUGUGAAUAAAAAAGCUGAAACAAAAAAACAGAAAAAGGAACAAACUAUUACAGACGAGGAUGACAUAAUAAUAGAUUAUGCAAAGAAAGAAGAUUUAGCUGUAAAUAAAAAUUCAACUUUAAAUCUGGAUGAAACUGUCACAGAAGAUAAUAAUCUUUCAGGUAAUGAUAACACGAAUAAUAGUAAAGACGAUUCAAUGAAUUCUUCAGAAAUAAAAGCAAAUUUUACUGAAAUAGAAAGAUCGCCAUCUUUUCUGUCCUUGUAAAAAUUUAGACUGUUAAAGACAACUAGCAACAACUCUAGUUGGGAAAAAAUAUUAAGAUAUUUUAUAUAUUUGACUAAUCAAACUAUGCGCACACAGAAAAAAAUUAUGCUGAUUUCAUACAGACUUUCUAAUCUGCAUAUGCACAGCAUAAAAAAUUAAAUUUUAGGAUCUCUGAUGUGUCAUUUUAGCCAAAACUCAAUGUGACUUUAAUAUCAGGUCAAAAAUUUUAAUAGAUAUGAACAUAUUUAUUUUUUGCACAGGACAGUAAGGAAUAUAUAGAUAUGUAUAAGUAAAAAGAAAUUUACAUCUUUCUUAUUAUUGUAGAAGAGUUUUUAAUAAAUAUAAAUGAAAGAGAUGUAAUAACAUUUCAAACAGAACAUAUUUUUUUACAGAUAUCUUUUAUCAAAAAUUUAAUAUUAAAGUUUUAGCUGGAUACCACAAUUCUUGA